AUGAUUAUCACCAAAGCCGACCGAAGGGUCAUCGUGAGUGCAAGCGACCGCACUCUCCAUCAAGGCGGACCAGACCGCUGACUUGGGCAGUUCUUGACCGCUCACCCUCACAGUACGAGGCUCUCUUCAAGGGUUCGCCGUCACUCCUCUCCUCUCGUCUACACUCGCAUGUGCUCACAGCUCCUCCCCUUGUGCUCCACACAGACGGUGUUCUCGUCGCCAAGAAGGACUACAACGCCCCCAAGCACUUGGAGCUCGACGUCAAGAACCUGCUCGUCAUCAAGGCGUGCCAGUCCUUGACCUCGCGCGGCUACGUCUCGACCCAGUUCUCGUGGCAAUACUACUACUACACCCUCACCCCGGAAGGCAUCGACUACUUGCGAGAGUUCCUGCACUUGCCCGCCGAGAUCGUCCCCGCUACCUUCAAGAAGCAGGUCCGAGCCGCUCGCCCCGGUCAACAAGCCGGUGGACGACCCGACGGCGCUUACCGCGCUCCCCGAGGUGGCGACGAGGGUUACAGGCGUCGUGAUGACAAGAAGGAGGGUGCCGGAGAGGACUUCCGUCCCCGAUUCUCGUGAGUUGCUCGCCAUCUGCCCCUCGGUUCCAGCAACUGCGACUGAACUUUAGCUUCGUCUUCUCAUCAGGGGUGUCGGCCGUGGUGGUCCCCGUCCCACCCAGGCUUAA